GAACGAGUGAGUGGGGCGUACAAUGAACGAAUUCAAAACUAUUUUACUUCAAACUUGUGAGUUCGCAACGGUUUUGGAGGAGUUCUAAAGGAAUAGUAGUUUUAAUAAAUUACUUGUGAGUUUUGUUGUGUAUUCAAGACAUAUAUUGAGCAUACACGGCGCUGACCGGGCUUUAUACUGGUAUUUUAAUAUGGCUGGCCAGAAAACACAAAUGGAAAACCUUUCGUCGGAGAACGCAAGGCUUCAAGCGCAGAUAGAAAAGUUGGAGAAAGAGAUUGCGCAAAAGGAGUAUCGUCAGGGACUCAAAGAGCGAACGUUUUGGGUCGGUAUGCCAACAAUAUGGUUUGCCAUCGCAGAGGCAGAGUUCAAGGUAGCCGGCGUGAUAGACGAUUUCACAAAAUUUAACUACGUUUUAAGCCAGCUUCCCGCCGAAGUUUCUGAAAAAGUUAAAGAUGUUAUAGAUAAGCCUCCAUGUGUGGGCAAGUACGCGAAAUUGAAAGAAGAAAUAAUUCGGCGGCUGAGCAAGUCUGAGCACGAGACUUACAGGCAGCUGUUUGACGACGAGCUCGGAGACAUGUCUCCCUCGCAGUUCUACCGCCACCUGCAACACUUAGCCGGCGCUAAAGCUAGCGUCGACAAAUUCCUACUUCAUCUGUGGUUACGUCGGCUGCCGCGGUACUGUCAAGAAAUUCUGUCAACUCGACCCGAACAGUCGAACACAAAGUUGGCGGAGCUAGCUGAUAAUAUCAUGGAAGCUACGAAAGCAUCUGAAAAGACUUCAACUAAGAAGAGUGCUACGAUAACUAAUAUUCAGCAAAGUGUUGAUGACUUGAGCAAGCAUCUUGUAGCAUUGGAAGUGUCUAUGAAUCGACAGAUGGAUAGAAGUCGGUCUCGGUCUAAGAGUAAGCCGCGGUCUCGUAGCGCGACACCCCCGGCGUCGUCGAAGCCGUGCUGGUACCACACGACGUACGGCUCGGCGGCUUACAGGUGUGUCUCACCUUGUGAUUGGUCAGAAUCAACUGCAUUACUAGAAUAAGUUUUAAGUGUAUUUGUACUCGACAUAUAUGCAUGAAAAUAGUAUUUUAAGGUUUUUCUAUACUAAGUUCCUUUAAUUAAUUGUAUAUUAUAAUGUAUGUAAUUUUAGAAUGAGGAUUCUAAAUCUCAACCUCAAUAUUGCAAUGUGAAUAGAACCUUUUACACCUCAAUACCGCCAUAUUUUUUCGUAAGUGCAACAGGGAACUUUUUACACAAUAGGGACAUUUUUAACAAAAAAAUAAUUAAGACUGAAUCAAACUAAUGUGGGAUUCUUUAUUUGCAAGCUCCUGUUUAAUAAAAUAAUGUCAUUAUGUCUUUAAUUUUAAUAUAUCUUAGUUCUUAGUUCUUUACUUUGAUAAUUAGUUAUGUUUGUUUAUUAUUUUGUUAGUAAACAGUUGUGUUUAAGACCAAAGCACACUGGCAUUGUUAUUAUUGCGAACGAAUUUAAAGAACUUUUCUGACAUAAGGAUCUUUUAUAAGUAUUGUUUAAUUUUAGAUUUUAAGAUGGCAGGUCCUACUUGUUUUUGUAUUUUCU